AUGAAAGUGAAUUCCCUACAACAAUCGGAAACAAUAAGCCCAACGACUAAACAAAAUGAUUUCUUAAUCCAAAGAUUAUGGUCAAUAUCUGAUGAAGACAGAUUGGGACGUCUUACGUUUAUCACGUUACAAACUGUGCAAGAAAACAAAGACAAACAUUUUGUGUAUAAUUCAAAUAUUGGAAUUCAUUUUAAAAUCGAUAAAACCAAGUGUUUGAAAAUUUCCUAUCGUAUUAACAAAUUUCAUAUAAAUAAAGAAAACUGCGAUGCUAAUGAAUAUUAA